CCUCCAACUCCAACUCCUCUUCCAUUUUUAUCUCUGAACAACACCAUGGCCUCCCUCCCGAAGAAACAUCUUGCCGCCGCCAUCUUUAUCGCCGAUGCCGCGUCGUGGUACUGCGCGCUGGCCAUCGUCGCCCUCAUCUUGCUGAGCUCCGUCCAAGAAAUCCCGGUCGACGACACGAUCGAGCCGGUGCGCGGUGGAAAGCUCGUCAGCCGGCCAUGCGACGAGAUAUAUGUCGUGGGAGAGGGAGAGACCCUCCACACCAUCAGCGACAAGUGCGGCGACCCCUUCAUCGUCGAGCAGAACCCGCACAUCCACGACCCCGACGAUGUCUUCCCCGGCCUCGUUAUCAAGAUCACCCCCUCCAAGCCUAGGUAGAGAGGGAAAGAGUACACUUUCUUCUGUAGACCUCGCAUGGAUUCUAUCCUAGCUGUACGCUGUUUAUUUAUUUUUAUUUGCUUCUUUAAAGCAUCCAGGGGUGAAUUAUGAAUCAUUUGAGCAUCACUUGUACAUAUGAAAUACCAAUUCAUAACUCCUUUGUAAGAGUUGUCUUGUAUCACCAAGAAAAAGAGCUUCAGGUGGCCUUGUUUUAUCAUUAGCUAGAUGGAAUUAUAUCUUAGAUUAAUAGUAGUAA